AUACUGCCUGCAAAUAUGGUUCGUCUCCCUCACUGUGACUCAAAGCUUAAAUACACAUUCUGUGAGUAUGCUGCCCUAAUACGAACUACUUGUAUUGACCCCAAUAACCGUUUCAAUCUGGUUUCCAUCGUAUCAUUUUGUAUGUUAUUUGUCACUUUCUUUUUUAUUUGCCUGACAUACUUUUGGAUAAUAAUCUUUGUGAAAAUAUCCUCAAAUAGUGACAAAAUUAAAAUGAGCAGCACUUGUUUGAGUCACUUAAUCGUGGUAUCAUUUUAUUACUGUCCUUUAUUUAUCACCAUUGUUUUCACCAGACUAGGCGUAGUAUUAAAUCUUGAGACUCGCCAGGGUUUAACGAUCGGUUCCAUCGUUGUUCACCCUCUUUUAAAUCCUUUGGUGUACUGUCUUAGGACAAAAGAAAUACAAUUUAAGAUAAUUAGGAUAUUCAAAAAAGUUUAG